CCCAUUGGCUGCAGAAAACACGAAUUCUCCAUUUAUGGAUUGUUUGCCUGGUUUGUACCAUUAGCUGCAUGAACACUGAGUGUAACUGUACUGAUCAAAGGCAAGAAGUCAGACUAGUAGAUGAAUCACGUUUAAGACACAGAGACGAUCUCCGGUUCUCAGCCAUAACCAUGGACAUGGAUAAAGUUUGGUACUGAUGAGAUCAUCCCCGUUGGAGAACUGGAAUUUAAUGUGCACCUGAUUGUUUUUUUUUGUUUACGUUCUUGAAUACAAGUUGUACGGAUAUCUCGUUAAAAUAUAAAAGAUUUUGAGACAACGCCUUCGCUAAAAAGGGGGAAUAAUACUUAAAGAAAAAAUAAAAGCCAAAGAAUGGGGAGCAAAGGCCACUACCGGUACCACUGGCAGAGUCACAACGUCAAGCAGAGUGGCGUGGACGACAUGGUGCUGCUGACGAAGAUCAACGAGGAUGCCAUCGUGGAAAACCUGAAGAAACGCUACAUGGAUGAUUACAUCUUUACAUACAUUGGACCCGUGCUCAUCUCUGUAAAUCCCUUCAAGCAGAUGCCUUACUUCGGAGACAAGGAAGUGGAGAUGUACCAGGGAGCGGCCCAGUACGAGAACCCUCCGCACAUCUAUGCCCUGGCAGACAACAUGUACAGGAACAUGAUGAUCGAUCGAGAAAACCAAUGUGUCAUCAUCAGUGGUGAAAGUGGUGCCGGCAAGACUGUGGCUGCUAAGUACAUCAUGAGCUACAUCUCCAGAGUGUCUGGUGGUGGGUCCAAAGUCCAGCAUGUUAAAGACAUCAUUCUCCAGUCAAACCCUUUGCUGGAGGCCUUUGGAAAUGCAAAGACACUGCGGAACAACAACUCCAGCAGAUUUGGAAAAUACUUUGAAAUCCAGUUCAGCUCGGGAGGAGAGCCAGAUGGGGGGAAAAUUUCCAACUUCCUGCUGGAAAAAUCCCGGGUUGUUAUGAGAAAUCCUGGUGAGAGGAGCUUCCACAUAUUUUACCAGCUGAUAGAAGGAGCCAGCGGAGAUCAAAGAAGCAGUCUUGGAAUCACCUCCCUGGACUAUUACAAUUACCUCAACCAGUCUGGUUCCUACAAGGUGGAAGACAUCAAUGACAAGAGUGACUUUCAAGAGACAAUGCACGCGAUGAACGUGAUUGGGAUCAGGUCCGAGGAGCAGAUGCAGGUCCUGCAGAUCGUGGCGGGCGUGCUGCACCUCGGCAACAUCACCUUCAAGGAGUCUGGGAACUACGCCGCCGUGGAGAGCGAGGAGUUCCUGGCCUUCCCCGCCUUCCUGCUGGGCAUCGACCAGAGCCGGCUGAAGGAGAAGCUCACCAGCAGGAAGAUGGACAGCAAGUGGGGUGGGAAGUCGGAGUCCAUCGACGUCACGCUCAACGUGGAGCAGGCCUGCUACACCAGGGAUGCCCUGUCCAAGGCCCUGCACGCCCGCGUCUUCGAUUACCUGGUGGAGUCGAUUAAUAAAGCCAUGGUGAAGGACCAUCAAGACUACAACAUAGGAGUGCUGGAUAUUUAUGGAUUUGAAAUUUUCCAGAAAAAUGGCUUUGAACAGUUCUGCAUCAACUUUGUGAAUGAAAAACUCCAGCAGAUUUUUAUUGAGCUGACCCUGAAAGCCGAACAGGAAGAGUACAUUCAGGAGGGCAUUAGAUGGACUCCCAUCGACUACUUCAACAACAAGAUUGUCUGUGAUCUCAUAGAGAGUAAAAUUGUAAGUCUUGCUUUUUACACACCUGUGAUUGAACUGAGCUUUCCACCGCCUGAUAUCCAUUCACAGAAACAAGCCAACGAUCUGGUGAGCACCUUGGUGAAAUGCACUCCCCACUACAUCCGCUGUAUCAAACCCAACGAGACCAAGAAGCCAAGGGACUGGGAGGAGGGGCGAGUGAAGCACCAGGUGGAAUAUCUGGGCCUGAAGGAGAACAUCAGAGUCCGCAGGGCGGGCUACGCAUACCGGCGGGUUUUCAGGAAGUUUCUGAACAGGUACGCCAUCCUGACCAAGGAGUCCUGGCCCACAUGGCGCGGCGACGAGAAACAGGGAGUGCUGCACCUGCUCCGGUCAGUCAACAUGGACCAGGAUCAGUUCCAGCUGGGCCGCACGAAGAUCUUCAUCAAGGCGCCGGAGUCGCUGUUCCUGCUUGAAGAGACGAGGGAACGGAAGUUCGACGGCUACGCUCGGGCGAUCCAGAAAGCCUGGCGGAAGUACCAGGCCAGAAAGAAAUACGUGCAGAUGAGAGAGGAAGCCUCCGACCUGCUGCUGAACCGCAAGGAGCGCCGCAGGCACAGCAUCAACAGGAACUUCGUCGGGGAUUACCUUGGGAUGGACGACCGGCCCGAGCUGCGGCAGUUUCUGGCCAAGAGAGAGAAGAUCGACUUCGCCGACAAAGUCACCAAAUACGACCGGCGGUUCAAGGGCGUGAAGAGGGACCUCGUCCUCACCCCGAGGUGCGUGUACCUGAUCGGCCGCGAGAAGGUCAAGCAGGGCCCGGACAAGGGGCAGGUGACCGAGGUGCUGAAGCGCCGGGUCGAGGUGGAGAAGAUCCUGGCCAUCUCUCUCAGCACCAUGCAGGACGAUUUCCUCAUCCUUCACGAGCAGGAGUACGACAGCCUGCUGGAGUGCAUCUUCAAGACGGAGUUCAUCAGCCUCCUGUCCAAGAGAUUCGAGGAGAAAACCCACAGGACGCUACCUCUGAAGUUCGGCACUAUACUUGAAAUGAAGCUGAAGAAGGAGAGUUGGGGUCCCUGGAGCGCGGGGGGCACUCGGCAGGUGCAGUUCGUCCAGGGCCAGGGGGACGUGGCCGUCCUCAACCCCACAAACAAAAUGCUGCAGGUCAGCAUCGGGCCCGGACUCCCCAAGAACACACGUCCCACCAGGAAGAAUUUCUCACAAAGCCGGAGUGUCUCCAGAGCGCCCCAGAGCUACCCCACCAGAGCUGCCCCUGGGCCCCCAGCUUCCCACCAGAACGGAGUGAUAAAGUCAGCCGGUAACAACGUCAGCCAGAGGGCUGCCCCCACGAACCACCCCAGCCACCACCCCACCUUCCUGCCCCCGCCAGUCACCCUCCACCAGCUGAAACAGAGGAACAGCCGGCCCCCGCAGCCCGACCUGGACUGCCUGAGGGUGCCUGACCAGGGCGCAGCGGGUAACCGGCAGAGGCUGCCCACAGAGAGCGGACGAACCGCCCACAGACAGACCACCAGCAGGCCGAUGCCCGGCGGAGGCAGGCCCAAGCCCCUGCCCAAGCCCAAGCCCCAGGUGCCACAGUGCAAGGCGCUGUAUGCCUACGACGCCCAGGAUACAGACGAACUGAGUUUCAAUGCUGAUGACGUCAUUGAAAUCGUCAAAGAAGACGCAUCGGGCUGGUGGACGGGGAGACUGCGAGGGAAGCAAGGCCUGUUCCCCAACAAUUACGUCAGCAAGCUGUAGAGCCGCGCCGCGAGCAGGGAGCCCCUGCAGCUGAAGACCGGCCACGGUCUUCUCCGUUAAAUACUGUGACCCUAGUGAUGGACCAGCCACCAAUAUCAAUCUGGGGACUUGAAUGAGGCCAUGGUUUUUUUAAAAUUAUUUUCCUCUGCAGCUGAUGAUAGCUACACAAACCAUGUGAGCACUGAACAAAACUAUUUAUUGUAUUUAUAGCUUUCUUUGUUUGUUUUUUUUCCUUUGCAAAUAUAAUGAAGGUAUCUAUAGUUAUUUUAUUGAAAAUAUGAAGUUCACGUGUUAUCUGGGACCAAGCAAUCUUUUUAACUGUUAAGGGGGUUCUUGUAACUGUUGGAGAGGUAGGUGCCUAUUUCGAGUCACUGAAUGCAGGUUAAAUUCUUUGUGUUCUAAUUGUUUUAAAGUCUAGUUUUUAUCCCAGUCCAUUUUUUUUUUUGGAGAAGUAAAGUCAGAGGGAAUAUUUGCUGCUAAACUGAUUUUUUUAUAAAUAGUAUUGCCUAUCCAAAAGUAAGAGUAGAUCUAUAUUCUACCAGCCCUUGUACCAUAAUGUUGGUGAUUGUUAGCUGUGGUCACUUGCUCCUGCCUGAAUUGAGGUGAGGAUAAGACUGAGUCACAUUGCACCUAUGUUAAGGUGCAUAUACAGGGGAAAAGAAACAUGCAUUUCGCUCACAAGCUCUGCUGUGGGUCUGGUGUAACCUGUGCUGUAGGGCACAUCACACUGGCCUAAUCCUUACAGGCAGGGGGCGUAGAGGUCCUGAAAGCAGCCAGCUUUCUGUAGCUCCAGCAGAGUCUUUCUAUAUUAGUUCUGUUUGAGGACAGAGCACAGCUCUUCAGCUACACCACAGUUGGCUAACAAGCUACAUCGGUAGUCCCUGGGUAGCACACAACCAAUAAAGGAUAUGAAACUUGAACUGUACAUAUAAAAACCCAUCUCACAAAAUCGCAUAUGAUAAAUAGGUAUGACAAACAGUAAAGUGCACAGAAAUAAUAGCAUGUUAAAUUAAUAAAUGUUUUAGAAGACCAGCCCUUAUCAAGAUUGAUGACAUUACUUUAGUCAUUAAAAGAGACAUCAAGCUUGUAAUAACUAAUCUUUUGGUCAGUUUUAAAACAGGGGUUUUGCCCUUCCCAGAAACAAACUGAUGCAGACAUAUCGCCUCUCCUUCCUCCAUAAUCCACUGCAGAAGCCCCCCUAGGCUGCGUCUAUCUCCAGCAAGCCUUCCUUCACCAAUAUGGCAGGGGUUUCCCAUUCCCAGCCAUGGCCAGGGACACCUACUGUUCAAAGAGUGGCUUUUUCCCAGCAGCCCCUGGGGCAUAUGAUAACAGUGUAGUGGGAUGGGCUGCGCUAGGAAGGAGCAACCCCCUGUCACAUUAAGAGGAGGAACAGGACAGCAACUUUACACAGUCUAUGUUAAAGCACUUUAUUCAACCUGCCACUGCCUGUUAAACACCAGUUGUGGUGUUAAUAGUAUGGAAAGUAUUGUCCAGUUGGGCAUUAUGUGAGUAAUUCAAAAAAGGGCUUGGCUUUGGUUGACAUGUCUGAAAAAAGUAAAAGUUUAACAUUUAUGUGAAGGAUAGUGGGGGAAAAAUGUGUAUUUAAUACAGGCCUUUUAAUUCUGUUGGUGUUUUAUUCCUUGGUCCACUUUGAGGAAUGAAGUGGGGGGGGGGGGGUAUUUCCUUCGGCUGGGGAGGGAAGAGAUCAUGCAGCUGAGCUGGGACUGUAGUUUCAGCCAGAGACCACUAUCAUCUCCAGAUGACAGCAGAGCAUGAAUGUCACUGUUCCUCCCCUCACUUGUCCUUUGUUAAGCAGUAAUAAGAAAACAGACACUCAUUAACCAUUACAUUUUCCCUGCUUGGGAGUUCAGGCAGUUAUAAACUCACUGAUGAGUUUGUAAAUCAAAGCUGUAAGUCAAUUGGUGUGAAAUUGCAGCCUAACUCUGGACUUUUAAAAGUUAGGAGGUACAUUUGAGGACUUUGUACAUCAGCCUUGUGCUAUAAGUGCCUUCUUGCAGGCCUUGUUAUACCAUUACACCUCAAUUCAGUUUUAGCUACGCUAGAGACCAACCAACAAGGCUGUGGUGUCUUCGAGUUAAAUCCUGUUCAAAGGGUUCAUGCAUUAACCAUUCAAGAGCAUCAGAUCUUUGGCUAGUUUAGACCAAGGUGCACAUCAAGCAAUAUAUAAAAUCUACUCAAGCUCAGUAACCCCAUUACCAACUAGAAGGGUAUUGCAAUAUCCACUCAUAAAUACCAAGUAUAGACACACACUAGGGUCUCCAAUUCCUCUCUCAUAAGAGGCAAGAAGGGCCAGGUAAAUCCAUCUUUACAGCUUUUGACCACUGGUUUACAAGGAUGGCAAAUGCCUGUGGCAUUAAGUUGGGAUAACAUCUUCCAAGACUAAGCUGCCAAAUGGUGCAGAUGUUUUAGAAUGACCGUGCAACCCUGCUCGAAGCCCACAAUGGUGCCAGAAGUGCCUUUUGAGUUUCUUUAAUAUGGCUGGCCCAUAUUACUUAUGCCUAAUAUGUAAAUAACUAGGUCUUUUUACAUGUACAUUUUAAAUCAGUUUGCUUUAAUACUAGAUAUGUAUAUGAAUGUAUUGUACUCAUCUGCAAUUCUUGAUAACUUUGCUUUGUUGGUGAAAAUGAAGUUGGUACUCAAUUACUCCUUUGGCUAAAAGGUGGUGCUUCACCCUUGUGCAGGAUCACUCUGCACCUGGUGAAAUCAGGAAUAAAACCAAUAAAUUCCACUGACUGGUUUGUAACAUUUGUGGAAUGCCAAUAAAAAAAAAAGCAAACAUGUCUAUUGAAAAUCACUAUAAUUACCACAUAACAAGAGAUUGACAUUUAUAUUAACACUUUAUUAAAAAUACAAGUUUACAAAAUUGAAAUCAAGUCCUAGCUCCACUAGAGGGAAAGUAGCAGGCUGUUGAAAAACUGACCAGUCUAGUCUCAAUGUUAACCUCCCUCCUCCCCCCCCCCAAAAAAAAA